GAGAUCCCGUAGAUUCAGGAAUCCAGGAAGUGCUGCUUCUGACAGUUAAACACAGAAUAUGGGCUGAUUUUGUGGAGUGCCUGCAUGAGGCACCGUCCUCAAGUAAAAGUCUUUUGGGAACGAAAGCCUAAAACUGAACAUUGGUGUUUUCCGGCUCUGUUUGGAUAAAUUGAUUUCAAGCUCACCAUGGAUCGGGAUGAGGAGGAAGAGGAGCUGACAGUCAAGGCAGCACCAAAGGAGGUGGAUGUGUUUACGUCUGUGUGCUGCUUGGGUUACUUGUCCAGCAUCAACCUCCUCGUUGCGGUAUGUGUCGGCAUGUACGUGCGCUGGGAGGUGACGAGCGAACCCAUGAUCCUGGUCAUCUUCAUCCUCGGCCUCUUCGUCUUGGGAAUCGCCAGCAUUCUCCAUUACUACUUUGCCAUGGAGAAGGCCAGCCUCAGCUUGUUCCACCUGUGGUUUGGUUUUCUGCUUGGACUCCUGUGCUUCCUCAACACCCCUGCCUUGGAUUCCAAUAUUACAGAACUUGUCGCCAACUAUCUCCUGGUAGCCAGCGUGGUGAUGAAGGCCGUCUGGGCUAUAACUGAACGCAUAUGCCACUCAGUCAGUUACAAACCUAUGUUGUUGACGUCAGCUGAGUGGCUGGAGCUGCUGGGAUUUGCAAUCGCCAGCACCACCAUGCCUCUUAACAAGUCGGCGGCCAUUGUCGGCUUGGCGGUGGCCUUGGGAGCUCUCAUUGUGGAUUUGAGGAUGAAAUCACUUCUAGCUUUCCCCAACCUGAUUUGCUUUGCGUUGGUUACUUCCCUUGUGUUCUUUAAGGCCUUAAGCAUCCAAGCUAACCCGUUUGCCUUAGGCUGCUUCCUAGGCAGGCAGCUCUGUGAGCCGGUGUUGGAUGUGUACUUCAGCGGGCUCGGGCCCACUGAGCGCUGGAUGCCUGUGCUCUCAUUAGGGAAGUUUUGGAGGAGGCUGUCCCUUUUUCCUCUAUCCCUCAUGGAGCUGCUCUUCUUUGUCUUUGCUGCCUUAAAGCUUGGCCACUUGGAGCUUUGGUAUCUGGUGAUCCCUGGCUUCUGCCUCUUCGGCCUUUUCUGGGCCAUCUGCCACAUAAUUUUGCUGAUCACAAUUUGGGGCUUCCACACUAAGCUGACCGACUGCCAGAAUGCCUGGCGGGCCCAUCCGUCAAGUAGACGUAGUCUGGAUCAGGUCAUGGCCUCCAGGGGCAUUCGACACUUCUGCCUUAUUUCAGAACGCCUCGUCUUCUUUAGUCUGCUGUCAACCGUCAUACUGGGAGCUGUGUCCUGGCAGCCCUACAACGGUCUCUUCCUCAGCGCUCUGCUGGUGGUGCUGCCUUUGGAGUCUCUCACACACAGCCUGUUCCACGAGCUGGGCAGCUGCCUGGGAGGAACCUGUGCUGGCUACGCGCUGGUAAUACCCACCAUUUACUACAGUGCCGGCAGCCAGCCCACUCUCCUACCACCUGAGCUUGUGCAGGAGUUGAAUCAACGCUCCACGGCCAUGCUGAAUGACAUGCAGCGCCUCUUCUCGCGCCACAUGAUCCAGACGUUCGGCUGCGACUACUCCACCAGCGGCGUUACCUUGGAGACCGUGCAGAACAAGCUCCGCAGCUUUAUGGAGCUCCAAACGGCGGACGGCCCACGCCAUGACACAUAUUUGAUUUUCUACAGCGGACACUCUCAGAAAGGCACCGGGGCCUGGACUCUGGCAGGAGGAGAAAGUCUGCAUCUGAACCAGCUGCUGGAGAUCUGGAAGGAGAAGAAUGCCGGCCACGGCUCCCGUCUUAUCGUCGUCUUGGACACUGAGAACUCCCUCCCGUGGGUCAAAGAAGUGCGCAGAGUGGACGGCAUCUACAUGGCGGUGCAAGGGGCCGAGCUUCCGCUCUCCAGGCUCGACCCAGAAAGCGGAAACAUCCCCCUCCUCGGUGACUUCACUUCUGAAUGGGUGGAGUUCAACUGCAACCCAGCCAGUGACACCCAGUGGACUGAGAAGGGCAGGGCGGUGACGGCGGCGUACGGCGUGUCGAAACGCUGGAGCGACUACACGCUUCACCUUCCCACCGGGAGCGACGUAGCCAAGCACUGGAAGACCCAUUUCCCUAAAGCCACCUACCCACUGAUCCACCUCUCCAACUGGUGCUGCGGCUUAAACCUGUUCUGGUUGUGCAGCGUGUUUCUGCGCUGCUUCAGGAGGUGUAAACUGGCCUGGUUCCCUCCAGCUGUUCUGGACACCGGACAGGGCAUUAAACUGGUACAUUCAUAGGUAACAAAUGGAUAACAAUAGGAAAAAUGUUUUUUCAUUCCUUGUCAGAAAAAAGCAGGGUAUGAAUAUUGUCUUGUUUGCUGUCAAAACCUUUUUACAACUGGAGAAUGCGUUUUAUAUUAUUAUUAUUAUUAUUUGUAACCAUAUUUUCUCGGUCAAGGAUGGCAGACCAAUUGAAGGACAUAGAAUUAGAACAUUUUUUGUAGCUGUUUUUUGUUUUUCCUCUAAUUGUGCCAUUUAUUUACAGCAAAAUGUAUUUAAAGUGGUUUUGGGAUCCUUAUGCCUUUUUUUGCAUCCAGCCUUAGUAAUCAAUGAUUUCCAAAGUGCUUCUCUCACACCAAGUUUUUAUGUGUCGUUCUGUACCUUAUUUUGGUGGUUUUCCUGACAAGAUUUGUACAAAUACAUGCUUAGAAUUAGUAACUCAUCCAGCAAAGCAGUUAAUCAUCAUUGGAAAACAAACUUUUUUCGGUUUGUUUUGUUGCACAGAACAUCAGAACCCACUUUGACCAUUCCUUCAAGCUUUGCUGCCUUAAAAGGAGAGUAAUUCCUCAGUUUUUCCGAAGAUGUUGGGAAGCUUUUUUGUAUGCUUGUCUGUUUGCUGAUGGAAAAAAUGGUUAAAGAAUAAACUCUUUUAAAACAAUUACUUUUCAUAAACAUUAUUUAUUUAUUUUUUUUUUACUGCAAAAUCUCUGCUGCAGAGAAGAGAAUCCCACCAGCAUAAUGCUGCCUUCACUGUGCAUCAUUGAGAGGGUGAUGUGUUCCAAGUCAUGCGGAGAGACUAAAGUUUAUAUCUGGGCUUUUUCAAAUCACACCUCAUAUGUUAAAGAAAAACAUCCCCAUAGUAUGAUGUUGCCACCUCUGAAUAAUAAAUUCUGAGCAGCUGCUUGCCAGGGGAAAAUUGGAGAGACAUUUAAAAGAUAAAGACUCCAUUUGAUACCAAGGAGGGCAUUGGAGAAGGUUAUAUAAAAUCACAAUAAUUAUAAUUAAAACAAAAAUUAUUAGCAAAGAGUGACACCAAGCUACUGUAAGUGCUCUGAAAAAUACAUUUAAACUAAUUGUUGUGCGUCUUAGCUA